CUCUCCCCUCACACUUCAUCCCACUGCACGCAUACUGUACCCAUCCCUCUGCCACCAGAUCAUCCCCCCUGCGUCCUCCCCCGUUCUCCUUCAUUCUUCCCGUCCUCUGAUUCCCGUUCUCCGCGCCGCCGUCCCUCUACAGCCACCCUUCCCCCGCAUCGCGACGAUCCUCCGCCGCUUACAAUAUUCGUUUUUUAACGUCUUUUUCCGUCUUCUACCCUUUUCUAUAAUCAGUGUAUAUCCUUCGUAAUCCUUAUUAAAAGAACGCGUGCAAUAUCCUAGUAUAUUCACCAGCGAAGAUUUACGUGUUUUUUUCGUACAACAAUCGUGCGGUUUAAGAAGGGAAACGCGACUGUUUCCCCUGUGUGUAUUUCCUCGUGACAGAAGGCUGACGCAGCAGCGGCGGUGGCGGUGGCGUGCUGUGUCCUCUUGCUUCUUAUGCUUGUGUCUCUCGUGUUGUAAAAAUCUGCCCCUACGCUCGCUCUCACCUCUCGGAGACCCCCCUCCGAGGAAAGGAUUCGAUUCCACGGCGAAGAAACAUGGGGAGAGGGACGUUGCUGUAUUUGAUUGACGGUUUGCAAUGAAUUUCCCGCCGUUCGGAAGCCAUUUUCCCGGUACUAUUCCUAGUAUUCAUCAGUUCGCAACCGACGGCUCCGGCGGUGCGGGCGGACGUUACGCCAAUCAUUUUCCCAACCAGCCUCCAAUUGGAGUGCCGGUUAUGGGAAAGUACCGUCCUGAAAGCAACGGCGUGCAAUCUGCUCAGUCACAAGUGAUGAUGAACAAUAAAGCAAGUUAUCCUAACAGCAAUGUUCAUCAUUACCCAAACGUACCAUAUUCCCAAGCUCAACCAGUUCAACAGCGGCCCUCUAAUUCGCCUGGAAUGCCAGAGAAGCGUUCUUAUCAUCAGCAAGCGACCGAAACUAUAAAUCAACAAGAUGUUUGCAAUCUCCUACAGGAUAAAGACAAAAAUAAAGAAAAGAAGGGAGACGAGCAACAGCGCAAUGGAGAAACUACAACAAAUGGUAGCCAACAAGAUUAUACGAUGCAUCAACAUCAUCAGCAGCACGCUCAUACUCAAACUCCUGCAACUAUGCCUGCUACGUGGCAGUCUUUGGCUACUCCUGGAUCCACAGUGGCAGAUUACCUCAGUCAUUUACCAGCUAGUACUUUACCGUUAAGUUUACAUCAUUUCUUAAAAUAUUCUGCAGAAAGUAUUAAGAAAGAAUCAGAAAUGGCACAAACCACUUCUGUAGCUGUAGCAACUACAACAACGCCUAACAUAAUGAUGUCCCCGAAUAAUAAAAAGAAGAAAAAGAAGAAGGCUCCCAAGGAGAAAAAGCCACGUCCAAAACCUGGAGAAAUUCGCUUAACGACGGCUCUAGAUGGCUCUACAUUGUAUUGCUGUCCAGAAUGUCAUAUGGCAUACCCAGAACGUGAAUUAUUGGAACAACAUCUUCUGGGACAUACAUUAGAACGAAGAUUCGUGUGCGAUAUUUGUGGGGCAGGCCUCAAAAGAAAGGAUCAUCUUACACGUCACAAACAGAGUCACAACCCCGAACGUCCAUACGUUUGUACUGUUUGUUUAAAAGCUUUCAAAAGGAAAGAGCAGUUGACAUUGCACUUCGUUAUACAUUCUGGCGAGAAACGACAUGUAUGCACAGAGUGUGGAAAAGGAUUUUAUCGUAAAGAUCAUUUAAGAAAGCAUACCAGAAGCCACAUCGCAAGAAGGGUAAAAGCUGAGCUCAGUCAAAAUGCUGGUACGCAGCAAAAUCAACAGCAAAAUAAUGUUUCAAAUAUGCAGACAACAGCUGUUACAGCAUCAUCUGUUCUUUCUGGUGGACAUCCGGGACCUCUCCUGUCCUGAGCCCCGCCACCAGGGAACUUCCAAGUUCCCCAUCCUAAUAAUAUUCUUCACUCGCAUACUUCUCAUCAUUCGUUGCAUCAUCAUCAUUUGACGGCCGUUAACGUGGCGCACCAAUCGAGUGUCACGCCACUUGCUACAUCCAGCCACUAUCAAACGCACGACCUCAGUUUCUUGGGACACGUUAAAGAUUUCUGAGAGCAGGGGAAGACCUCGAUCAAGAGGUAACAAAACUGACAAAUUAUACGAGUACUCUUAGCCAGUGAUGGUUAAUUCGACCGCUUUUCUUCGUUUCAACUUUAGUAAGUUUUCUACGAUAACAAACAAUUAUCCGUGAUUCUGCUGACUCUCUAUGUCCUAGUACAAUAAUGCAGAAGCUGUGACAAUUGCAUAAAUUUUUCAACGGUAUGCACAGUUUUUAUCACCUGUAUGUCAGGUAUUGUUUUUGAGAUAUGUACGCAUAGAUCUUAUCUUGAAAAAGUGUGCCAUAUGUGUAUGUACAUGAUCAAAAGAAAAAAAAAAGAAAAAAAAAUGAAGAGAGAGACAUAGAGAGUGUUUCCAUGCACACGGAAAAGAGACACCAUAAUUUUCUCUAGGAGCGUUAGAUUAGAGCCUGAUAUAAAAGUCUUGCCAUAUUACUGUAUGUAUGAGAAACAAAACAUAUUUUUAUGAAGGCUUGAUGUAAAACACAAAGAAGCUACUUAUUAUCAAGCUAAGCUUAUUAUCAAGAGAGAGAAAUAUUAUAAAUCUUUUCCAAAUGAGUUGAACCGAAUGAUUCGAUUUAGUUCAUAAAUUUAUUUUCAAUUAGUCAACCUAAAAUCGUUGAACACAAACAAAAGUUUAGAAUUUGUGCGAAUGAAGACAUGUAUAUAAGGAUGCAAACGAGUCAUCCCACCGAUUAAUAUGUAACGUCUUUCAAUUUCUUAAUAAGCUGAAAAGUAUAUUUCUUUUAAUCAUUGACUCAAUGAUAUUUUGAUCGUAUCUUGAUCUAAAGAAUUAGAUAUGUUUACAAUCUUUCCGACGAAGUUAGAAAAUAUUUUAUUUUUAGAGUCGAGUUAUUUAAUGUUUUAAUGAAACAUUACAAAGCAGUAGCUAAAAGAACACGUGGCAAUACUUUAGUCAGUAAAGGAACGAAAAAAACAUUAUUUCGCUUUUGUUUUUAUAAAUUUAUUUCGUAUAUAUACAAAGUUGACAGUAUUUUAUAUUUUACAAUAUAUAGUUCCAAAUUUUUGCUUGUAUGUAUACAUUUAUACAUAAUUGCGUAUAUAUACAUAUGUAUGUAUUUAUGUACACGUAUAUAUUUUGCGUUUUCGCCGAGAAUCGUACUAUAUCUCACUUUUAUUAUAUACGUAAGUUCUUUAGGAGUUUACAUCGUUUUUUAUAUCGUUUUUUUACAUUGUUUUUUAUACAUAUUUUUUUCGUUAAAUCCCUUUAACUUUCGUUGAAUACUGAUCGUGUUAGUGAACGUUUUUCGUUAGACUUCAUGUACUUUUGAUUUUCUUUGUUUAUUAUUAUUAUUAUUAUUAUUAUUAUUAUUAUUAUUAUAAUUUUUAUACGUAUAUAUUAUAGUAAAUAUUCAAGUAAUCGUCGUUAAAAAGAAUGCUAGUUUUAUAAUCUUUUUUUAUGUCUUAUUUAUCCGCAUCGUGGAAGUGAAAUACCCUCGCGGACUGUGAUCGUUUCGGACAAAACUGACAUUUGUUCCAAUUGUCUCACUUUGUCUGAUAUGUUUUUUUCAACCAUUUCUUCCUCGUUUUAGUAUUAUUCAGUGUGCCAUUUUCUUCGAACUCCCUACGCCGAUACUUUCUUGCCACAGGCAUUAAUUCAGUCUACCAGAUCGUCGACGCUAUCCUUUCGUCCUUUAUUUUUUUUUUUCUUUUUUUUUAAUUCUUAAAAGUAGACGUCCUAUAUCCUUAAACAUUACAUGCAACAGCUGCUGAAUACGUUUACGUUCUGAUGUAAACCGUAUGAGGAAAACAAAAUGCAAGAAUAUAACGUAUGAAAAAAGUAGUUAGGAAUGUGAUGCGCUAUUAUAAAAAGAAAAGAGAGAAAGGAAAGGGAAAAUAUUGAAAGCAUCGUAUUCGUUGGGAGGACGACGCGUUUCGGCGAUCCAUUAUUGCUUACGAGAAUGAACUAUAAAGUAUUUUGUAAAGAACUUAGGGUAUGCAAAUAGAAUAGACGUACAAAUUCAUCGUUGAUAUAUUUUUUAAUUAUUUCUUACGUUUGACCGUAAAUAUACACACAGUUAUUUUCUAACGUUCACUUAAGUUUUGUUCCAGUAAUCAUAAAUUUUUGGUCUUCUUCCAAUUGAUCCUCACCGACUGUUUUGCAUCAUAUUUCUAGCAAAAGUCGUAUAUGCGUUCUAUAGCAGGUAAUAUGAAAAAUUCAGGAUUCGUCAGACCUCAAAUAUAAGGAUGUACUAAAAAUAUUAUAUACAAAUAUAUAUGUAUAUAUAUAUACUAAAAGUUAUAUAUGUAUAUAUAUAUAUACAUUUAAAAAAAGUAUAAAAGAACGAGCUGUAUUAAAAUACUCCACCGCCAUGUACUUGUAAUCAUGAAAAAAAGAGAAGAGAAGAAAGAGAACAGAGAGUACACUUUAGGUUAUAUGUUUUAGCGAGUAAGUUUGUAUACAAGAUGAAGAAAAAAAAAAAAAUAAGAUUACUACGAUAUGUAAGUGAAAGACGAGGAGAGAAGUAUAAAAGAUGCGUAUGUCUGCGUGUGUUGUAUGCGUGUACAUGCACGCGCGCGCCGAAUCGGAGAGAAAAAUAUGUCGGAACGUGUGUGCUUGUUGCGUGCGUUUUAUGCGUGCAUAUAAUAAUCCGAAAGGUAUAAGGGGAAGAGAGAAAGAGCCUGUGAAAGAAUUAAACAAAAGGAAAGAGAAGAAAAAAAGAAAGAACGUUGACAUGUGGGUAGUUAUAUAUAUAAAAGUAUAUAAUAUAAUAUAAAAAUAUAUAUAUAAUGUGAGAGAGAGAGAGAGAGAGAGAGAGAGAGAGAGAUAUCAAAUUUUUCCGGAACAGGAAAUCGGUGGACUACAUGAAGUGGAAAAGUGAGAUGAAAAUAAUGACAAAUAGCUUUACGAUUUAUAAAAAGAAGAAAUAAAACAACAGCGAGCGCGCGCGAAAAAGAGCGAGCGAGAGAGAGAGAGAGAGAGAGAAAUUUUUCAGAAGUUCGACGUAUGAUUUUUUUUUUUUUUUUUGAGAGAUUAAACAAAUGAGAGGCUCAAGAAGCGGUCUAUUUUCAAGGGUAGCCAAAAAGAAAAAUGAAUAAAAAAAUGGAGAAAGAACCUGAUAUUUCCGCGCUCGACGAGGCGGACAGUUUGUCUUUGAUAUUUCAGAAAACCGACCACUUCGUCGAGGUAUAAUAGGCAUAGUUGGUGUUCCUAGAGAAAAAAAGAUGAGAAAGAGAGAAAGGGAAGGGAGGAAUAAGAAUAGUUAACGCGUCUGUAAAAACGGAAGAGAAGAAAGAAAAAUAACAAUUCUCCGGUGCCUUUGCAUAGCGCUGGACUUUAACCGCACCUGCAUACUUUUUCCACCUUAUGAGUAAAAGUCCAUGGAUAUGGCCUCGUGCAUAGCUCUUUUUCGGGACACCCUGUGUAUGCUCCUUUCCUCUUUCGUCCCCCGUUCGCAACUUUUUUGUCGUUUUCGUCGCCAUCCGACACUCUUUUUGCGCCGUGAGCAAGCUAACAAAAAAGAGACGAACAAAAAGCGGUUCAACGGGCGAUCGAGAGAGGAAGAAGAUGAAAUAUUUUUUAAUAAUGUGAAAAUGAUGAUUGAAAGAGAAGAAAAAGUAAGAUGUGUGUUUUUUAGAAAAAAAAGAAAAAAAAAGAGGAUCCAGAGACGAGAUUUGUUGACGAAAGGGGAGUGAACAGAAUGAAGAAACACGUUUUUUCUGUACUUUUCAAUUAUGAUUUCUUCAAUUUUCUUUUUUAGCAAUCUUUUUGUGUUUUGUUAAACGGCAAACGCCAAGUGUAAAAGGACGUGGAAAAUUUGUUGCUCGGAUGGAAUGGAAAAUAUUUAUUUGCAUUUUUCAACAUUAGAAUUUCGCUGGUAGAGCUAUGUAUACGUUUUGUACUUAUUCCUUCCUGUGUAUCGAAUGUAUAGAUAUUUUACUUUAUGCCAUGAAUCAAACGAAGCGAAACUACAGCUUCGUUACAGAAGAUACCGAGGAACUCUGUUUUGCGAACUCAAUGGUUGGAAAUGAUUUAGUUUGUCCUCUGCCUAUAGAUACAUACGUUUUCCGUUCUUGUAAUCGAUAGUAGCGUCUAAUGAUUAAACGAGCAUAAGUAUCGCGUUUUAUAAAGCGUAAGUAGUAAUAAGGUAUAGGCCUUUAUUGCCUAAGUUGCACGAGCUAAGAGAGUGAAAGGGAGAGAUUGCGAGUGAAACCGAGAGCGAGAGAAUGGGAAAAAUAACAAAAUGAUAAUAACAGAUUGAAUUUGCGUACAUCUCGUUUUACAGUUUUACUAGAAACUGUAAGGAAGAAGACGUAAGAGAGAAAAAUCUUAAAUCUUGAGAAAACAAAUUCACGGAAACUUGUAGAAUUCCUUUUUUCGUAUGGUAAAAGCGUUUCGUACUGGUGUUUACUUAAUCCUCUAUGGACUAUUCGUACUAAUGCGCGUGACUAUGUAAUGGCUUUUAACUUAAAGCGUUAAACAUUUUCUCUUGGAACAAGAAACAAAUUUAUAAAAAGAUCUCUAAAAUCUUUGAAAAUGGGAAUUUUUUCUUAAAGCAUCGAAUGCUUUGUUUACAUUAUAGAGGAUUAAUAUCGCAAAAUACCGUUAUUGUUAUUACUAUUACUUUUUUGCGUUAUUUGUAACUAUCAUUUACAGCGAUACGACUAGACAUUUGAAUGUUAUUUCUGUAGUAAAUUGGAAAAUAAUCAUUGCUCGAAAUGGGACAUCGUGUUCGAUAACGAUAAGUCUAUCGAUCUUAACCUCGUCAAAACGAGUAAGGAGAAAAAUUGAACGACCAGAAAGAACGACGACGAUGAGAAACACAGUUUCGAGCAUUGAUUUCUCGCUGAUUUACCAUGUAGUUAUUGUAAAACUGAUUGUUUUCGGCGAGCGAUCAGACGCAAAGGUAAUUGAUCGAACAGGGAAGAAGAAAAAAAACUAAAAGUUUAAAAGGUAACAGUUUGUUGUAAAUCAAACGCAAUUCACUGAGAGAUAUGAGGGUGACAAUGAAAACCAUAUUUUUCUACGCAGUGUCGAAAAAAAAAAAAAAAAAAAAAAAUUCUUAAUCGUACUAAUGCAGAAUAGAGCCGAAAAUGAAUUCGAUUAAAAAAAAAUGGCUUCGUCGCGUGAAGCGUAAUAAUUUGCCUCGCGCGCGAGCUACGAAUUUUAGUUGGUUCAUGCAAAAACGAAAGAAAGGAAGAACGCAAAAGGGAGGGGAGAAAGUACAAUAACGAAACUUGAGAUUCGCGCUAAUAUAUUUAGAGGCACCGAAGCGUUCUCCCGCGCACUUUUUUCCUUGUAAAUAGAACGAAACCGAAGAAGAAAGAAAGAAAGAAAGAAAGGAUAGACUUAAGAUGAACACCGAGUAAAAAUACAUCGUUUUCGAAUGGAACAAGAUAAUGAUUUCUCGAUCGAGAGACGAAUAAUUUUUUAUAAAGUUCAUCGGAUAGCUGUUGGUUUUUUAAGUAAUCUUAGACGUAAGACGCAGUUAGUACGUGUGUACUUGCAUGAUCCUUUACGGUCUAACUUUUUCGUUUUUCGACACACAAACAAAUGAAAGAAAGAAUACAAAUUUUUAAGUUACGAAUUUAUAUAUCCGUAUUGAUAUAUUCGCAUAGCAAAGAAAAAUUAAUUUCUGGUACUUAAAUUACCGUUACAUUUCGAUAUCUUGUUUUAUCUAUUUUAGGAAUUAGUUAAAAAACUAAAAAAAGUUGUUUAACCGAUUCUUCUAUCGUAAUAAAUCCUUUGGAAAAAGUUAUAGAUUAAAAUUGAAUUAGUAGAGGAGCUAGACCGUGAAGGAUUCGAAUGAAACAAGAGAAGUUUUGCAUGAACCAACGGGCGCUGUUCUUACGUGUAUAUUUUAUCGGAGUAUCCAGCUGCCGCGGUUCAGUUUCUCGGCUUGUCCAGUCGGCGUGGUAUGUGUGCUUGCGUUUUUUGCGUGCGUCCUCUGUGCGCGUGUGCGUAAAUGUGAUUACCGGUUUUUCAAACAGAGACGUCAGCACAACAGGCGAGUAACGACGGAAGGGAAAUAUGGAAAGAUAUACAAAUUCCUCGACAUAGUACAAAGCAUUUAAACUCCUCUUUUUCCAAUAGCCUAGGGAAUAUAAUAAGUACGCAUUGCACAUAAGUCAUUACGCGUAAAAUAGACAUCUACCGAGUAGCCGGAGAGUCCGCGACGCAACGAGGCAAUUUAUUUUCUUUUUUCUGUUCUUCUCUCUUCCAUUAGUUUUGUCUCGAUAAUGUAGUAGAAAAGUUAUGACAAUGAUUUUUUUUUCAACCCUUUGCACUCAUGAAUCGCUUCUUUCACGCGACAAAAGAAACUCAAUUCAUAGAAACUCAAUUCAUAACUUUAGAAAACAUUUUUCGAAAUUAUGAAGAAUAUGUAGUAAAAACAUAAAAAUAUGAAAACCUUGAUAGUUUCGUAAUUUAUUUCGUUUUCUUGUUGCUUAUUUCGCUUUUUAACAUUUUACCCGAAAACGUAAGUGCAGAGGGUGCCAACAAAUGGUACAUACAGUUUGUCUAAAUAGAUCUGUAAAAGAUUUUUUAAGGAACUCUUCUUAUUGGACACACAAACGCAAUACUAAAGAUCCGUAAGAAAGAUAUUCUUACAAACUUUUUACGAGACUGCAAAGGCUGACGUUUUAUAGAUUACUCGAAAUAGCGCAAGGUACUUACAUUGCGACCGAUCAAAUGUUAGCAAGGUAUAUACUUUUGUAAUAGACUAGCCAAAUUGUGAAUGGUGAAUAUUUUAUAUAAACCGUAUAGAACUCUCUGAGAAUUAAUUUUGACGCACCGCUGAAUGCACACAAUAGGAUAUAUCGUUUAGAAAACUUAAAGUUUCGGUAGCUAUAUCUCGAGUUGAAUCGUAUUUAUCUUGUCUCGAAAAACUGUAUUUGUUGAACUUUUUGAUUUGUUCACCAUCGUUUAGUGUAUCACGAUAAACCGUAUGCCUAAAGAGCGCAUAGAUACUGCCAUGAUUGCGAUUAUUAGUAGCUUCGAAUUAAAAAAAAAAAAAAAAACACGAAAAAGAAGUAUUUAACAAAAAUGUAACAUCGAUAAACGAUGUAUUUCCUCCGAAAAAGAAAUUUACUCAUUACUCAUUUUUCGAAUCUAAGAUUGCGUUUCCGGUUGUGGAUUUUCCGGACAUCCGAUAGAUAAUAAAGGAGAAAGAAAGGGAAAUAGUGAAAUUUUCAAGCUCGGAAUAUAGGAAAUACGAGUCUUUUGUUUGAAUCCACCAUGUUUUCUUUUUCUUCAUUUCCGUUUGUUCCUCAUCGAAACAUUUGUACCACAGUCUUCCAGGGUACAAAGGAAAGAGUAAAAUAAUACCGUUCGUUCGUCAUGGUGCGUAAAUCAAAAAGGGAAAGAACACGUGAGAAGUAAAAAGGGAUGAAGAAGAAAGAGAGAGAGAGAGUAGAAGAAAGGGAAAGAAAGAUAAGGUGAAACAAAAAAAGAAAGAAAGGACUAAUAAGAGAAAUUGUGUAUAACUAUGCGAACCCUCUGAUGAUCUCAGCGUUUUAUUUUUGUAUAGAGUGCAUAAAAAACAUGUAAUCUUCAGGAAUGUAAGGACGAGGAAAGAGGUACGCAGUUUGAGACAAACAAAAAAGCAAGACUUAUGUAGUAGACGAGAAGACGAAACCUAUAAAAGGGAGAUGUAGGUAUAAAACAAAAACAAAAACAAAAAAAAAAAAAAUACAGACAGACGAAUUUAGGUUGCGAGGAUAGAAGUUUAAAGUUUGUGAACGUUUUUUCGGACAUUUCCCAGUGCUGCUUUAUGUAAUACCCUAUAUAUAUAUAAUAUAUAUAUCUAUAUAUAUAUAUAUAAAAAUUGUAUGAAAAGUCAUCUAAGAAAA